AUGCCGUCUCCAGAGCAGGAGAAAUUGUUAAAACAGUUCUUGGAGUGCUCGGUAUGUUACAAUUCUAUGAAAGAUCCGAGAAUGUUGCCUUGUGGCCAUCGGUAUUGCUUCAAAUGCUGUCAAAGUUGUUGUGAAAACGAUGGUGGAAACACAUUAUUAUGUCCAGAAUGUCGAAGCAGGUGGUCUAUGAAGGAUUUGAUCAAGGAUUAUUCGCUGCAAAGUUAGUUACUUUACUUGACUUUAGUUAUACUAUGCUUGGUAUAUUUUUUGAGGUUUUUAUGUUUAAAAAUUUAGGUUUCGUGGAGAAGGUUGAGAAAAUGACAACAAAAAGUGAUCCAGAGGAGCAAGAGGAACCACGGGUGAAGUGCAGUCUAUGCAAAGGAGGAAUUCCCCCAGGAAAGGUGUAUUGCUGUCCAAAAUGUCCAGUUCAUGAUGCCGAAUUAGUUGUAAGUCUUAUUUUGUGUUCGUUUAUUUGAAUUUAGGUUGUAAAAUAUGUAAGGGAUUAUUUUACCUCCAUCUUUGACUAUUGUAUUACCUUUAACACCUAUUUCGGUUACAACAAUACCUAAAAUUCCCCUGAUUUUCGAUUAAAUUAAUUUUAAUGCUAAUAUUGUUUGUUUCAGGACAAGCUAUGUUCAGACUGCAUCAUCAGACACCACCAACACCACGAAUAUCAGAACAGGACCGAUGCCCAGAUUAUCUCCAUAAAGAACCUCGAGCUGGCCAAUGCGGAUCUAACAGGCGUUGUGGAGCGCUUGAAGCUUCACGAAAGUUAUUGUCAAGGUCGAGAACAAGACUUGCAAUUAGUAAGUCCGAUAAAUCAUUCGCUUUUUAAACUUUUCGACUUUAGGUACCUAGUGUAACAUAAUUAUUUUUAGCUGAUCGCCACGCUCAAAGAACGAUGCGAAGCCUCCAAGGAGAUUAUUCAAGAUGAGUUCCAAGUCGGGUAUGUGGAGAAGAUCGAUGUAUUCAACAAAUGUGUCCACGAUAUUCGAAAAGAAAUGGCCGAGUUCUUUGAUGAGACGGAGGAAAAGUGGAAUCAACUGUUCACGAAGACGCUUAAUAUGGUUUCAUCAAAUUUCGGAGCGAUCGAAGGACUAGCCCAAGUGUCCACAGGCCAGCCGUCAUCAUCUGGAACAGCACGGUCACAAUCUCCCAAUCUCGGGGGACCCCAGAAUGUGUAAGUUUGACAUAAAUAUUUAGUAAUAUUUUGUUUGGAAAAUACGACUAUUUACCUGAUCUCUUUCAGAUUUACUCCCAGCACAACUCCCAACCGAAUCUCAUUUGGGUCCAAAAUGUAUCAAAAGUCCCGGAAAAGAGGCACAAUCUUGAAUUAG